AUGGUGCAGUUAGAGAUAAACUGUCCUAAUGGCGAGUUACGUGGUAUCGCAAUGACGGCGGAGAAUGGUCUAGUCCCCAUCGAACUGCGUCCAGGAAUAGAACCUCUCGCCAGAUCAAGUAAGUUUCGACUACCAAACAAAACUUAA